AAGCAAUAACUCUUCACACCAACAAAACAAUGAACAAUGUUCCAAGACUUGUUCUGUCUUCAUUCUUCUUCUUCAUCUCCGCCGUCCGUGCCGAUGGUGGAGGAGGCAUAGCCAUCUACUGGGGACAAAACGGGAACGAAGGGAACCUGUCGGCCACGUGUGCGACAGGUAGGUACAAAUACGUGAAUGUUGCCUUCCUCGUCAAAUUCGGAAACGGUCAGACGCCGGAGCUCAACCUCGCCGGCCACUGCAACCCCGCCGCCAGAACCUGCACCCGUUUCUCCUCUCAGAUCAUAGACUGCCAGUCCCGUGGCAUCAAGGUAAUGUUGUCUCUGGGCGGCGGAAUCGGAAACUACUCGUUGGGAUCUAAGGCAGACGCGGAGGCAGUGGCCGAAUACCUAUGGGACAAUUACUUAGGAGGAACCUCUUCGUCUCGCCCCUUAGGCGAUGCCGUCCUCGAUGGUAUCGAUUUCGACAUCGAACUUGGUUCUACUCAACACUGGGAAGAUCUAGCAAGGUUCCUCUCGAAAUAUAGCCGCGGAGGAAGAAAAGUAUAUCUAACGGCGGCUCCACAGUGUCCAUUUCCCGACAGAUUCAUGGGAACUGCACUAAACACGGGGCUGUUCGACUAUGUCUGGGUCCAGUUCUAUAACAAUCCUCCAUGUCAGUUCAGUUCGGGUAACACGGUUAACCUUUUCAAGUCAUGGAAAACGUGGACCACUUCCAUUAGAGCCUGCAAGAUAUUCUUGGGUCUUCCGGCGGCUCCGGAAGCCGCCGGAAGUGGGUAUAUUCCGCCGGAGAUUCUCACUUCUCAGAUUCUUCCGACGUUGAAGGAAUCCCCGAAGUAUGGAGGCGUUAUGCUCUGGUCCAAAUUCUGGGAUGAUAGAAAUGGUUAUAGUGUAUCUAUAGUUGCGAGUGUGUAAAGAACGUUUUCAACAUCAGUUGUAUAUGUAUGUACGUGUUAUAUCAUAUGCGCGCGUCGGUGUGUUUGUGUGUGUAUAUUAUAUUUCCCUCGACAUGGAAAUAUGGACCGGUUAUUGCUAUUA